CCCUACUUUAACAAUAGUACGCCUCCUCGACAGAGCUCGUCUACGAAUGCGUCAUCUCCGCAGGAUCUUAAGGAGAGUAUAUCGCAGGCAGGACCCUGUGUGAUGGAUGACUUUGGUGCUGCUGUGCCGUCUAGUUUGCGAGGCCCGAUAUUCGAUGUGGUCAUAUUCCUAGGCUCACUGUGCUUGAUCGGGAUCGCUGUAUUUCGUUUAUUUUUCGUGAUGCUUUAGGUAGUUCUUGCUGACCUUACCUAUGUCACCCAUCAUCCUCGGAGGCGAGCAUGUGCCUGUGGGGCUCGUUGAGAAGGAUCCACAACCUAACCUAACCGUGCAAUAAGUCGAUUGAGGGCUGACGGGAGUAAUGUCGAAAGAUGGAAAGCUUUUUACAUCUACGGACCGUAGAAGCCUUCUUGGGAUGGGCGCUCUGGAGUAUAAGACAAUUUGACGAGAUCGUGAUGCUGACGACGACAAACGAAAUAGUUUCGCUCAAGUAAAUUAUACUUAUAGAGGCUUCCAUAGCCGUAGCCAUUUUGGCUCAAGGCCUUGUGCUGCGAGCGUAAUUAUUCACAACAGAGAGACCCAGCCGUUUGAAUUUUAUAGGACAUGGCUCAGCACAAAAUCUAGUUGGCAGGUUAGCUGCAAUCACCAAUGAUACGGAAUUGAUUUGGAAUUUAGCUAUCGCCCGCCGGCUGGGUCUAUAAAAUCUGGGCAGUAGAGCGGAAAAAAUACGCUGAAUCUAGAAAAACACACCAAUGUUGAGGAAGUCGAAACUGAAAACUUGUUGAAAAAAGGAUCCAAC